AUGACUAAUGAUAAUUCCACUACUCAACCGAUUCAAUGUCCAAUACCUUCUACUACUAAUAAAUUACCUGAUUUUAAUAAUAUACCUAUAAUAUCACCAUCUGCCACACCAUCUAUACUUAAUAAUGCCAAUACUGCUUUACCUCAAUUAUCUCAAGAAUUAAGAAAUCAAUUACCUUUACCUGAUAAUUUACCCAUUGUAAAUUGUUUAGCAAGAGCAAGAAUUCCUACUACUCAAGGUCCAGAAAUCUUUUUACAUUUAUAUCUGAAUAAUAUUGAUAAUAAAGAACAUUUAGCUAUUGUAUUUGGUGAAGAUGUUAGAUCAAAGACUUUAUAUAAAAGAAGAGAUGGAGAAUCUCAACAAGAUCGUAUGACUCGAGGUGCAUAUAUUGGAAAAUUAUAUCCUGGUAGAUUACAAGCUGAUCGUGAUGAUAAGGCAGGAUUAGAAUUAAGAUUUAAUGAUAAUGGAGAUUUAAUUAGAGAACCAUCUACUACAUAUAGUGGAGAACCAAUACUUGUACGUAUUCAUAGUGAAUGUUAUACAGGAGAAACUGCAUGGUCAGCAAGAUGUGAUUGUGGAGAACAAUUUGAUGAAGCUGGUAGAUUAAUGGGAUUAAAUGGUCAUGGAUGUAUGGUAUAUUUAAGACAAGAAGGUAGAGGUAUUGGACUUGGAGAAAAAUUAAAAGCUUAUAAUUUACAAGAUUUAGGAGCUGAUACAGUUCAAGCUAAUUUAUUAUUAAGACAUCCAGCUGAUGCUCGAGAUUUUUCAUUAGCCACAGCUAUUUUAUAUGAUUUAGGAUUAGAAGAUAUUAAAUUAUUAACUAAUAAUCCUGAUAAAAUUAUUGCUGUUGAAGGUAAAAAUAGACUUGUAAAAGUUACUGAAAGAGUUCCAAUGAUACCAUUAGCAUGGAAGAAUCAAGAUGAAGGAAUUAAAUCAAAAGAAAUUGAAGGAUAUUUAAGUACUAAGAUUGAAAGAAUGGGACAUUUAUUAGAGAAACCCAUUAAAAUUAACUAA